AUGGACACUAAAACCAGGUUGCGGAAAGCCUGCGAUGCCUGCAGCAUCCGCAAGGUGAAGUGUGAUGCCAGUGGCCCUCCUUGCCGGAGCUGCGCUGGCUUGGACAUACCAUGUACAUACGAGCGGCCGAGUAGACGCCGUGGGCCCCCAAAUCGCCAUGCAGAGGCCUUGAAGAAGCAGAAAUUAGAGGCCCCGCCUGAUGCUUCACCGGCCAGUCUGAAUGACAUCCUGCUUGCAACAACUCCGCAAGCUUCCCAGGCUUCAACAUACCGGGCUGCGGAAACACCACUGUCAUCUUUACCGACCUCGGCAGAGGCUAUCUGUUCUUUGCAUACAGUGCAGCUGCUUGUUGACGAUUUCUUUACUUACAUCCAUCCCUUGGUCCCAAUUCCUCACGAGCCUACUUUUCGAGCUGCUUUCGAGCGUCGAGAAGAUGCUACCAGUGGUACAUUUCUGGCUCUUCUGGCCUCGAUGAUUGGGUUUCUCGUCGCAUCCUUCCCCCGGCGACCCAAACUAAGACUCAACACUGAAGCCGAACGUUUCGCCUUUCCGAACUCGAUCGCGCUGGUAAAACGGUGCCAUGAUGUUGCUAUCCAGGCCCGAGGUACUGGAUAUCUUGACCGAAAUGCAACCGUUUACGACGCCGCUAUCAGUUAUUUUCUGGGUGUCUGUGCAGGUUACGUCUACAGCAUGCGUCGGUGUCGCAUCUAUUUGGCUGAAUGCCGCACCAUGCUGCAGGUAUAUGAUCUUUGCCGCUCUCCUACAAAUCAACCUACUGUAUCAGGUCUCCCUUAUGUUUUAGCCGUGGAUGGGGUCAGUCCAAUGUCUCCCACAUCAGAAAUGUCUCCAGGGAUGUCUCGGGACGAUUCCCCGCCGGGUCUCACUGAUAACAAAAAUGUGGAUCUAAUCACGCAAGAGCUUGGCCGUCGUCUCUUUUAUGUAUCCUUGGUUGGAUAUCAGUCUCUACUUCAGUUUGGCUCAUCCGACAUCAAGAUGCACGUACCUCCAGAAACUCCUACGGAGCGCUACCCUCCAUUUCCACUCGAAGUCGAUGAUGAGUUUCUUUUCCCAGAUCACGUGGAUCAACAGCCUAUUGGCCGAGUCUCGCAAUUAGUUGGCUUCAAUGCAAACGUCCGGGUGUACAGUUCAUACAACGCCCUGUUGGCCUGGGAGACUGCCUUUGGCAGCGGUCAAAUCUUCAAUUGGGAACACCAGCGCUCAAGUCUUUGGCAAUGUCUUCAAAAAGCCAAGUCUGCUCUUUCAGAUGUUCCUGUUGAGUUAUCAGUGUUUCACCCAAAACAAGCCAACAUAUUCUCUAGAAUGGGCCAAGAUGGUUCGAUCUUUAAAUACCCUGAUGACCAUAUCAACCAAGAACGACGAGCCAUCCAAUACGAAAUCCAAAAGGCCAAUAUAUACGCUAGCCAACUAUCCACUCGGUCCUGGCUGGUUGAGAAAUACUGGAAUUAUUACGAGACUUACACCAAAUUCGGAAAUCCAGCUAAGUCCGUGAUUUUCAACGCAAUCCCACCCAUCAAGACAGAGAGCUUCUUGAACACAAAAUCAGAUGCCACUUCUACAAGUCCCUCGAAAGUUUUCUCCCACACUUUUGAAGAUGCACAGACCGAUUGCAUUGGCCGCAUGAUGGCCGAAGAGCGCAAACUAGUGAUUAAGGACCUUUUUGUACUCCUACGAACUGUCAACGAAGUCAACAUGGAGCCUAAUGGAGCCAGCAUCACUAGUAAAAUUCGUCUAGUGGCAUCAACCCUCCUCAACAUACCUCACUACCCAAAGCCAACCCAAUCGGCAAACGCUAUUUCGCAUACAAAUCCAUCUUUACAGUCCCCAGUCGACCCAUCAUCAAAUCCGCACGCUCUCACUGCCGCUGAAGCAGAAUCCUAUUUGCGCGCUUUCAUCGAUACCCUCAUCCGUCUUGAAGGCCAUACAUCUUUAGGGACAGACUCCGGUAGUACAACCGAGGGUCUUAGCCCGCGAACUAAUGACCGUUCUAUGAGCUAUUUAAGCGAUUAUGAAAGAGAUCAAGAAGAACUGAGCCAGUGGGCUAGUUUGAAGGAAUAUCAGCAAAAGUUCGCCGAGGCCGGUGGUCUUUUAUCUGCGUUGUAA